ACAAACUGAGCUAACAAGAAAGACAAGAAAGGGAGGAAGGGGAGCAUUACAGCAGCUUGGAUCCACAACCAAAGAAAGCAAGAGUGAUCAGCCCCAGCUCUGCGAAGAAGCAUCUUGUUUAUUUACCAUGCUCUCAGCAGCUUGCAAGUGGUUAACUAUAUGCAAAAAAAGUCAGCAUAGCUGGGAAGUAUGCCGUGAAUUUUAAUUGGGGGGGAAAAAGACUACUGCUUCAAGAUGCUCUGUUAUGCUCUGUGCCUGCAAUACUUUCAAUGAAAUAAAUGCUGAGCAUUCUGUCUUGGACCGGAGGUUUUAACUUUUGAAGCUAUGGGACUUGCCAAAAAGUAAUACUGAGGAGAAAGCACAUGGUGGUCAGUGGUGUUUUCCUCUUCAAUAAAGAAACUGAUUUGCUUUAACCCUGCUUCCAGCUGUGCAUUUCAGAUAAGGGCAGGAAGUCUCUACUUUACAGAGUCUGAGCCCACCACAGAACAGCAUGAAGCUUUGGAUUCACCUGCUAUGUCAGUCUCUCCUUGCCUGCAUAUCUUCCCAGGCCCAAUCUCCAGUAACCUCGGUUAGAGGUUCUUGUGAUUCUCUUUGCAACUGUGAAGAGAAAGAUGGCACAAUGUCAAUAAAUUGUGAAGGAAAAGGUAUCAAGGAGCUGUCACAAAUAACUGUGCCACCAUCACGACCUUUCCACUUGAGCUUAUUAAAUAAUGGCUUGACAGUGCUUCACACAAAUGACUUUUCUGGGCUUACUAAUGCUAUCUCGGUACACCUCGGAUUUAACAACAUUGCAGAUAUUGAGACUGGUGCAUUUAAUGGCCUUGGCCUCCUUAAGCAACUUCAUAUCAAUCACAAUUCUCUGGAAAUUCUUAAAGAGGAUACCUUCCAUGGAUUGGAAAACCUGGAAUUUCUGCAAGCUGAUAACAAUUUCAUCACAGUGAUUGAACCAAGUGCCUUUAGCAAGCUCAACCGACUAAAGGUAUUGAUUUUAAAUGACAAUGCUAUUGAGAGCCUUCCUCCAAACAUAUUUAGAUUUGUUCCUUUAACCCAUCUAGAUCUCCGAGGAAAUCAGUUGCAAACAUUGCCUUAUGUUGGAUUUUUAGAGCACAUCGGUCGGAUAUUGGAUCUGCAGCUGGAGGAUAAUAAGUGGGCUUGCAACUGUGAACUGUUGCAGCUAAAAAACUGGUUGGAGAAUAUGCCUCCACAGUCUAUCAUUGGUGAUGUUGUAUGCAACAGUCCUCCAUUGUUCAAAGGAAGCAUCCUGAGUCGGCUGAAAGCAGAGUCUAUCUGUCCUACACCCCCGGUGUAUGAAGAGCAUGAAGAUCCUUCCGGAUCAUUGCAUCUGGUGGUAACGUCUUCAGUGAGUGACAGUCGCCUAUCAACCAAGACAACAUCCAUUUUAAAACUGCCUACCAAAGUACCAGCUUUGUUUCCUUAUCUGACAAAGCCAUCCACUCAGCUUCCAGCCCCCUAUUGUCCUAUCCCUUGCAACUGCAAAGUCCUAGCCCCAUCAGGACUUCUAAUACAUUGCCAGGAGCGCAAUAUCGAAAGCUUAUCAGACCUGCAGCCUCCUCCACAAAACCCUAGGAAGCUUAUUCUGGCAGGAAAUAUUAUCCACACAUUAAUGAAAUCUGACCUGAUGGAAUACUUCACUUUAGAAAUGCUUCACUUGGGAAAUAACCGUAUUGAGGUUCUCGAAGAAGGAUCAUUUAUGAAUCUAACAAGACUACAAAAACUCUACCUAAAUGGUAACCAUCUGACCAAAUUAAAUAGAGGCAUGUUCCUUGGUCUUCACAGUCUGGAGUACUUGUAUCUUGAGUACAAUGCAGUUAAGGAAAUAUUACCGGGGACUUUUAACCCAAUGCCGAAACUCAAAGUUCUUUAUUUAAAUAACAACCUCCUGCAAGUUCUUCCACCACAUAUUUUUUCAGGAGUUCCCCUAUCUAGGAUAAAUCUUAAAACAAACCAGUUCACCCACUUACCUGUAAGUAACAUCUUGGAUGAUCUUGAUAUGCUGAUUCAGAUCGACCUUGAAGAUAACCCCUGGGACUGCUCUUGUGACCUGGUUGGACUGCAGCAAUGGAUACAAAAGUUAGGCAAGAACACAGUGACAGAUGAUAUCCUCUGCUCUUCCCCAGGGCAUCUGGACAAAAAAGAAUUAAAAGCCCUCAACAGUGACAUUCUAUGCCCUGGUUUGGUAAAUAACCCAUCCGUGCCAACUCAGAUCAGUUCCUUGCUUGUCACUACUCCUGCAACAAGUACAGCUGGUACAAUUUUAAGUUCUCUCACAGAGGCUGUCCCUCUGUCAGUUCUCAUACUGGGACUUCUGAUUGUGUUCAUAACUAUUGUGUUCUGUGCUGCAGGGAUUGUGGUUCUUGUUCUCCACCGUAGGAGAAGGUACAAAAAGAAGCAAGCAGAUGAGCAGAUGAGAGACAACAGCCCAGUGCAUCUUCAGUACAGCAUGUAUGGCCAUAAAACUACACACCAUACAACCGAGAGGCCCUCUGCCUCUCUCUAUGAGCAGCACAUGGUGAGCCCCAUGCUCCACGUUUAUAGAAGUCCAUCCUUCAGUCCAAAGCAUUUGGAAGAGGAUGAAGAGAGGAAUGAGAAAGAGGGAAAUGAUGUUAAACAUCUCCAAAGAAGUCUUUUAGAACGGGAAAAUCACUCACCACUUACAGGGUCAGGUUUGAAAUACAAAACCACAGACCAGUCAACAGAAUUUUUAUCCUUCCAGGAUGCUAGUUCAUUAUACAGGAACAUUUUAGAGAAAGAAAGAGAACUUCAACAACUGGGAAUCACUGAGUACCUAAGGAAAAAUAUCGCACAACUCCAACCUGAUAUAGAGGUGCAUUAUCCUGGAGCCCAUGAAGAGCUGAAGUUAAUGGAAACAUUAAUGUAUUCACGGCCAAGGAAAGUACUGGUGGAACAGACUAAAAAUGAGUAUUUUGAGCUUAAAGCUAAUUUGCAUGCCGAACCUGACUAUCUAGAAGUCCUGGAGCAGCAAACAUAGAUGGACAUUUUGAGGACCUACGCAGAAAUGCUGUGUUCUUCCUAAGUCUAAACCUUUGAAAUAAGUGCCUUACUUGAGACUGUCAUCCAUCAGAAUUUAAGCACAGCAGUCAUCCUAUGGUUGGUAGAGGAGGAAAAAAAAAAAAAAAGAGAGAAAGAAAGAAAGCAAAACUCAGGGAUCAUUGGGUGAAGCCAUGGCAUUAUCUUCAGGCAAUUUAGCCUGCCCAAAAUAAGAUAAAUCCUUGCAUGUAAAUCAUACAAGGAAUAUAAUAAUAUUCUCCAUAUGUGUAUAAGUGUUGGAUAAAAUUCCUCUUGCACAUCUAAAGGGUUGAAUAAACAACCCUAUUUUGUUGAAUUACUUUCCCCAUGGCUGAAUAAAAUGGGAUUCCAUCAUUUAAAAUAAUCUGUAUAUAUAGUUGCAGUAUGUAGGGGAUGUAUUGUUUAUAACUAGUAUAUACUUCAGAAAUUUGCAUUGGCAAACACAAUUUUCUUGCAAUAAGUGCAAAAGAAAGUAGAGCUUUACAUCUGUAAACAGCAAUGGUAAAGAAAUAUUAUAAGAUUGUAAUUAUAUAGGCCAUUAAUGACCCAGUAUGUUGAACAGUGGAGGACUAAGCAAAAGUCAUUCUUAUGCUUC